UAGAACUACGAGGUGACAUGAUAACAAGCUAAAGCUAAAAUCGCGGAUUAAUUUCAAAAGCCUUGAACGUCAGUUGGUUGUAAGUUGACUAUACGUAUCGUGGCGUAUACAGGAUAGGCCAUCUUGUGAUUCAAGUCUGAACUAGAGGUGAUAAUGCUAAAAUGUCAUACGAGAUAAGUAAACAAAUCGACUAACUGAGCCAUGUGCGGAACUGAAGUUUUUUUAUUUAAGCGCACCAUUCUGUCCCCAUAAUGUAGUGUUAGUUUUUAAUAACUUGUAUCCGGUCUUUUGGUUUUAUAACUGUAACAGGUGUUCUCAUCCACGCUUUCGUUCUGAAACACCACUUAGCAGCAACCUCAUCGACGAAUGGAAGCACAAUUACUAUAACUGCAAAAAAUGUCUAUCAUCCUCACACCAAAGUUCAACGUAUUUUGGAUAAAUUUUCAAAGAAAUCGGCUAAUCCUAAAUUCAGACAAGGGGACAUUCCGUGGCCUCCGAAGCCCGGAUCUCACGCCACUGAGGAUACCUUGACUGGAUGACACACAUCUCAGUGAUGUUAUUUUGAAAAAAUUAAAUUUCCAUGUGUCUACUUAAAAAAAUAUAAAUUACCUUCC